CUGGGAAAGAUCAAAUGUCACUAUAACAUAAGGGUGUGGGGCCGAGAGGGCAGCGCCCGAACCGGUCCUGUCCACAGGGAGCUGCAGCCCUUUCUCCAGACUCAGCCAGAAACAGCCCGCCACCAUGUCGGACGAGGAAGUUGAACAGGUGGAGGAGCAGUACGAGGAGGAAGAGGAGGCCCAGGAGGAAGCCGCAGAAGUCCAGGAGGAAGCCCCUGAAGCUCAUGAACCAGAGGAGGUCCAGGAAGAAGACGCCGCGGAGGAGGAGCGGGAGGACGAGGAAGAGGAGAAGCCAAGACCCAAACUCACGGCUCCUAAGAUCCCGGAAGGGGAGAAAGUAGACUUCGAUGACAUCCAGAAGAAGCGGCAGAACAAAGAUCUCAUGGAGCUGCAGGCCCUCAUCGACAGCCACUUCGAGGCCCGCAAGAAGGAGGAAGAAGAGCUGAUCGCGCUCAAGGAGAGAAUCGAGAAGCGCCGCGCGGAGAGGGCUGAGCAGCAGAGGAUCCGCGCCGAGAAGGAGAGGGAGCGCCAGAACAGGCUGGCGGAGGAGAAGGCCCGCAGGGAGGAGGAGGACGCCAAGCGGAGAGCCGAGGACGACCUGAAGAAGAAGAAGGCCCUGUCCUCCAUGGGCGCCAACUACAGCAGCUACCUGGCCAAGGCUGACCAGAAGCGAGGCAAGAAGCAGACCGCCCGGGAGAUGAAGAAGAAGGUGCUGGCCGAGAGACGCAAGCCGCUCAACAUCGACCACCUCAGCGAGGACAAGCUGAGGGACAAAGCCAAGGAGCUAUGGGACACCCUGUACCAACUGGAGACGGACAAGUACGACUUCUCGGAGAAGCUGAAGCGCCAGAAAUACGACAUCAUGACUGCCCGGGCCAGAGUGGAGAUGCUGGCCAAGUUAUCACCAACCUCAGGAGCCGCAUCGACCAGGCCCAGAAGCACAGCAAGAAGGCCGGGGCCACGGCCAAGGGCAAGGUCGGCGGGCGCUGGAAGUAGGAGCAGCCAGAGAGGCCCCCGAGGCAGAGACCACGCGCCAGGGCAGCCCCCGUGGCGGCGUCUGGCCCCCGGGCCUGGGGGCGGGGGGCUGGCUCCCGAGCACCCCCCACGUCCCUGUCCUCGCGGCCCCCCUCCCCUGGGGUCUGUGAAUAAAGCUGUCAGACUCCCCUCCACCAGGUGUGUGCUGGCUUGUGGGGGGGCACUGGGGGUGAGAGGGGGGCAGAGGCACUGAGGGCCCCGGAGACUC